GUUUGCACUUUCGGCGGGAAUUUUUCAGUGCCGAAUAUUGUUUACUGCUUAUUGUAUUUAUUUGCGGGUAUUAAACGAAACCCAGGAUGGAUCAGUAUCCCGAUGAGAACGAGGAGUUCGAGCUGCAAUACCAAGAUGAAUUGGAGCUGCUGGAGGAUUUGCCGGACGAGUUUAACCCGUACGAUGGACCCAGCACCUCCAAACAGGCGGCUGAAAAACAAAAGGAAAACAGAGCUCCUUCGGCACUAAAAGAUAACUCCCGCUUCGGUAACUCCACUUUGGGAUCGCCACAACUGUCACAGAUUACCUUUGGAGCCACUCAAUUGGAGGGAGAGGAUGCAGGAGCAGGCUCUUCCGGAGGAGGCUAUGUCAAUCGGCGCCUUUUCGGGACUCCCAAAGGUCCUCCAGUCGGCAGAGGCUGCUCCACGCCCUUCCAGCGGAUGCCGGCCAUCAAGGAACUGGAGAACACCCAACUAACGAGCAGGGGAUUCGCCCAGGAUAAGGAAAUCAAUCCCGCCGCAGAGCAACUCCAGGAACUGGGCCUAAAAAACGCCAAUAAGCGCCGAUUGGAACGUGAUCUCUUCGGCGAUAUAGAUGACCUAUUCCACGAGUCCUACGAAGAUCCCAUGGUGAAGAAAGCGCGAACCGAGGAGCAGCGAGACCAUGAAGCCAUCGAUAAGAUCCUGGAACUCCGUCGAAAAAUGCGCGAGACCAGCAAAACUUUGCGAAAAGAUGAUGUGAGUCGCCUAAAGGAUCUGCACGACUUCAAGAUGCGGAAUCUUUCCUAUGAGAUACCAAAUUGGCCCUUUUUGGCCAUUCAGCGAAGUGACCUGGAGAGGAUCUAUGUAAGAUUCCAUUCCGAGGAGUACGAGCAAAGGCAGUUGGACAUGAUCAGCGCCAGGGGCGAAGUGGUAGGCAGUCUCUUGGGUGACGCUAAGGAGAAGAUAUGGCAGGAAGCCGGCGAAAUAGUUUUAAGUCGCACAACCAAGGAAUCAGAUCCAGAUGUAACCCUCGUGGCCACCAAUUCCAAUACGGAACCGGGACGCCUUUGGGUGGACAAGUACAAGCCAAGGAAAUAUAUUGACCUGCUCUCUGAUGAAAUGACCAACAGGAGCCUGCUCUACUGGCUGAAAAUGUGGGACAAAGUGGUCUUCGGCAAAGCCUUUCACAGCAAACAGGAACAGGAAGCAGUCGCAGGAGAAGGAGGGUCCAAUAACCAGCUGAAUAGCUUCAAUAAGCGCACUGGCAAAUUCGAGUCCAAUGGAGGUUGGAGGCAGCGCAAAUCUCGCCAAGCACUCAACACGAAUGUGGAUGCCUUGGGCCGGCCCAUGCAAAAGGUGGCCUUGCUAUGCGGACCCCCAGGUCUGGGAAAAACCACUCUUGCUCACACGAUCGCCCGGCAUGCUGGUUACAAUGUCCGGGAGAUCAAUGCCUCCGAUGAUCGCAGUCCAGAGGCCUUCAAACUGGCUGUGGAGAAUGGCACGCAAAUGUCAUCGGUGCUGAAUGCAGACAAGCGACCCAAUUGUAUAGUUCUAGAUGAAAUUGAUGGCGCUCCCCGACAAUCAAUCGAGUACCUGGUCAAGUUUAUCAGUGAUGGUAUUUUCAACAAAGGCAAAGCCAAGGGUGCCAAAGCUGAGCAUAAUAUUUUAAAGCGGCCCAUUAUCUGUAUUUGCAACGAUGUUUACGAUCCCGCCCUGCGUCCAUUGAGACAAGUGGCCUUCGUGGUCAGUUUUCCACCCAUCGAUGCUGCGCGUCUGGCGGAAAGAUUAGUUCAGAUUGCCUAUAGAGAGCAGCUGAAAACAGAUUUUGGUUCUCUGAUUGCCUUGGCCGAAAAAUCUGGUAAUGAUGUCAGGAGCUGCAUAUCAUCCAUGCAGUUUUUUAAUGCCCAAAAACACAGCCUUACUCUGCAAGAUGUGCUCAAUAAUAAUCUAGGACAAAAGGAUAGACAUCAAGGUCUUUUUGCAGUGUGGGAUGCCAUUUUCCGAAUACAACGCCCCCGCAAAACUCUGCAGACUGACGCAAGUAAGAGCGAUGAACCUGCUCAGGUGACAAUGACCAAUAUGUCUGUAACCACACGUGUUCGCAAUGUUCUGGAUGCUGUCCAUUCUAGCGGGGACUACGAAAGGCUAACUCAAGGCGUGUAUGAGAAUUAUCUGCAACAGAAGAUGCCCGAUCCGAACUUUACGGGCGUAUGCGAUGCCCUCAAAUGGUUUUGCUUCACAGAUACGGUGCAACAUCAGAUUAGCAGACAGCAGAACUACAGUGUGUACCCGUACCUGCAGUACGGUUUUGUCGUCUGGCACUUGCUGUUUGCCACACUGGCCUGGCCGAAAAUUUCAUUUCCCACGCGUGGCUUUGAGCUCCUCCAGAAGAGCACCAACCAGAGGAACAUCUUUCAGGCGCUGUGCAAAGGUGUUACCACCUCGGCUUUGGGUGUGGGUCAGGGCAAGACUCUCCUCCUUGACACGGUGCCUUUGCUGAAGAGGAUUCUAUCGCCACAGCUGCGCUCCGUGGCGGUGCAGUUGCUGUCUCCGAAGGAACAGCAGGACUUACGCCACACCAUUGAGGUGAUGGUUGAUCUCGGCCUGACAUUCGUGCAGGUCAAGUCCCAGGAAGGACAUUAUGUCUUCCAAACCGAACCGGAUCUGGAUGCACUCAGUGCCUUUCCAGGCUAUCCUGGUCUUACGCUUCCCUACUUCAGUCGCCAGUUGAUAGCCCGCGAAGUGGACUUGGAACGGAUUCGGAGAGCUGCUCCCAAGGGUGGUGCCCCAUCAGCUCCUGCCGCAAAAAAGAAAACGUCGGGAACUGCAGCUCAGCUGCCCAAUCAUUUGCAAACAUUGAAGCCGAAACCAAUUUCGGCGCCUAAUAUGCGCAAUGCACCCAAACAGCAGCUUACCAAGGACUUCUUCGGUCGCAUUACCCAUAAAUCGACUUCAACGAAUUCAGCAGAGGAUGCCAAAACCGAUGCUAUUGUGAAGAGCCCUAUUUGGUAUCGCUAUAAGGAGGGUUUCAACAAUGCUGUCCGCAAGGAUGUCCACAUACACGAACUGCUCUAGACAACUCACAUGGAUUUCUCGCUUAAGUCAAUUCCUUUAUU